CUCUAGGAAGGUUGUGUUUGUGCCGACAGGGAAUAAUAUAGUGAAGAUGAGUUUACCCCUCAGUGUUUUGAGGCAGAGAGCAUCUGCACACGAUCUUAGCACAGAAGAUAUGUGGAUGACGAGCUUCGUGGAUAGAUAUAGGAACAGGCCCGACGGUGUUUGAAAAUAUGUGUAUGGCGACAUUUGCGUCGGAGUAUCGUGUUCUUUCCAAAAACGAAAAGUCUUCGGACAUGAUUCGAUUGAAAAAUGAUUUGGGCUUCAUUUUGAAGAGAACACGUACUCAGUUUGCGGUUGUUCGGUACAUGCGCGUUAGUUUGGAAAAACAUCCGGAGUUGCAUUUUCAGAGUUUGCUGCAGUUGUUCCUUCCAUAUAGAACUGACUCAGACCUCAAACCUGAAGGCUUUGAGCUGUUUGAACAGUUCCAUGAGGAAGGAAGUGUGACAUUUAGUGACGGGUCAGUACAUGCGGUUAAGGACGUGGUGAAGGAUAAUAGAGCUGUGUUUGAUGUAGAUAAUCCAGAUUUAGAGCGUGCGCAGGAGAUUGCAGAGCAGCAUGGUGUAGAUGAGGAGGAUGCUUGGGGGGAGCUGUGUCCUGAACAGGAAGUUGAACGUCUUGAGUGUUUAGAGGAGAGAAGGCAGCAGCAGGGAUCUGAGAUAGUAGAGGAGCAGUUACAAGAACGUCUGGAGAAUGUGCCAGAUUUGGUUGUUGGUAGUAGACAGGUAGCGCAGUUGGAGAGGAAGAGGAAUGUGAUGUGUAGAAGUGAGGGCUUAGCUUUAGUUAGGUCUCUGAAUGAGACACAGAUGGCUGUGUUUUAUAAGGUCAGACAGUGGUGUUUGCAGAAGGUGAUGGGUAAAAACCCAGAACCUCUGCAUGUGUUUGUGACAGGUGGUGCAGGGACGGGGAAAAGUCAUUUAAUUAGGGCUAUUCAGUAUGAGGCAGGGAGGUUGUUGUCCACACUUUGUGAUCAACCAGACGAUAUUUGUGUUUUGUUAACCGCACCAACAGGCAUAGCUGCAUACAAUUUAAAUGCAGCAACAAUUCAUCACACAUUCAGUAUCGGCACACAUGCCAGUUUGCCUUACAUCCCUUUGGGUGAGGACAAACUAAACUCUUUGAGAGCCAAAUUUAGUCACCUCCAAAUUGUAAUCAUAGAUGAAAUCAGUAUGGUUGAUCACAAUCUGUUGGCAUAUGUUCAUGGUAGGUUAAGGCAGGUGAAGCAGACGGGCAACUUUUCCCCAUUUGGUAAUGUCAGUGUGAUAGCUGUUGGAGACUUCUAUCAGUUGCCUCCCGUUAAAGGGAAGCCUCUGUAUAGCUGUCCGCUUGGUGUGGACCUGUGGUGUGGUUUUAGUAUAGUGGAGUUGACAACCAUAGUUAGGCAGAAGGAUAGUGUGUUUGCAGCGUUGCUGAACAGGUUGAGAGUGCGUUCAAAGGCCACCCCCAUGUUAGCUAGUGAUGUUGAAAUAUUAAAGGCUUGCGAGACAGGGGAAGAGAGCUCUGCUUUGCAUAUUUUUCCAACCAAUAUGCAAGUAACUGAACAUAAUUUUAUGCAGUUGAUUACCAUGUGUCCAGAUUAUGUUGAGAUAGAAGCCAAAGAUUUCAAACAUAGCAGGAAAACAGGCCAAUUGGAAUGUACAGCAGGGCAUCAUAGUAAUGCGGACACAUGUUUACCGGAGAGUUUGUGUUUGGCAAGGAAUGCACGUGUGAUGUUAUGUAAGAACGUAGAUGUUGAGGACGGUCUGGUCAAUGGCGCAUGUGGCACGGUAACUCAUAUCGAUUUUGGUGAUGAUGAGAAGUUUCCUAAAACAGUUUACGUCAGAUUUGAUGAUGAGAAAAUUGGCUCACAGAGGAGGAAAACACGUGCACAUGCGGCAGUAGAAUGUAGGUAUUCUACUGCUAUUGAUCCCGAGGAGGACAGGGCAACUAAAGCAGGUGGUCUGCGAUUUCAGUUUCCUCUUAGGCUAGCGUGGGCGUGUACAGUGCAUAAAGUGCAGGGAUUAACGGUAGAUGAGGCUGUAGUGUCUUUGAAGAAGGUGUUUGCACCUGGGCAGGCGUAUGUAGCUUUGAGUCGUGUUAGGGCUUUGUCUGGACUGAUCAUCAGGGAUUUUAAAGAGAAGGCCAUUUACCUCAAGGAUGCCAUAAAGGAGGCCUUAGACAGCAUGCCCCCAUUUUUAAUUGAGCAGCCUAAACCUUCAUUAAGUGCACAAAGUUUUUCUGUGUAUUUAAUGAACGUUCAAAAUUUAAGUCGUCACCUGGCAGAUUUGGCGUCUUGCACACAGCAUUUACAGCCUAACUGUAUUGCUGUCACAGAAACGUGGCUCACUGCACAGUCCUCGUUAGACAGUGUCCAAAUUGAUGGAUAUGCUUUCCACAGUCGUCCGCGAGGUUUGUGUUACAGCAGCAGUAACCCCAAAUUGUUAGAGCUCCAGGAUCUAGAACAUGGUGGAGUUGGUUUGUACAGUGUAGGCAAUUUGGACUGUAGCAUCCUGCAGGCACCCGAUUUGAAUCUGGAGUGUUUGGUGUGCCUGUGUAGCAAAUUUAACAUUGUGAUGGCAGUAAUUUAUCGUCCACCAUGUUAUCCAAAGUCUUUAUUUAAACAAAAUCUGGGGAAAUUACUUGAUUGGUUGAAUCCAAUUAGUGACACAGUUAUAGUGAUGGGAGAUUUUAAUGAGAAUGUUUUGAAAAAAAUCAUCAAUUUGUAAAUUCAUGGGGCAAAAAGGAUUUCAUCAGCAUGUAACACAGGAGACAACAGAAAAGGGGACAUUAAUUGAUCACGUUUAUGUUAAAACAGCACAGUAUGAUGUGGAAUGUGCAGU